GCCCUAGCUAGUAGCACUGUCAGAACCACUACAGAAACUCCCUGUGUUCAUGGGGCCUUCUCAGCUUGUCCGGGCCCCUCGGUCCCGGGGCUUCAAUUCCCCAUCCCGUAGGCCUGGUGUGGGCUGGCCUCGGCCCCGGUUUCCCAAGAUGUUCAAGUGUAGCCAUAGAAGAUACAGGCAGAAUUCUCAACGCUCAGCUGCCACUACUGCUACCACCAAUGUCACCACCACGGCCAAUAACAACAACAACACUACUACCACCAGGGUGUGGAUUCUCCCACCACAAGUUCUCAGACAACUCUGUCAACCUGGGAGAUUUCUGGUUCUCUAGAAAUGCUCAGAAACCAGUCCAGAAGCCUGACUGAUUCCAGACCUGCAUCUUGUAAAGGCCAAGGAUGGUAAACAACAAAUAAAUACAGCCUUUUCUGCUCCAA